UUGCACCUUCGCUGUCCGUGACGAGAUGGACAGAUAUUUUUAUCAACAGUAUGUAGCAGUUAAUUUUCUCUGAAGGGUGGUUUUCCCUCACUCCGGAGAUGCGGCGUGGAGAGUCUGUUCCGCGGGCCUUCCUGGCUCCUGUGGAUGUCCAUGCCAGUGUGGACGGGCAGGUGUACAUGUUCCAAGGCCGAGAGGCAGACUCCGGGGGCUCUUCGGAGGACGAUGAGUUCAACGUGAUGGAACUGAGGCCCAGAGGCCGUGACUCGGAGGAGCGUGAGAGAGAGAGGGUGGGCGAGCUACUGCUGCUGGAGAGGGAUAUCUCACAGGGGGACAAUCUCAACAAACUGGCACUGCAGUAUGGUUGCAAGGUGGCUGAUAUCAAACGAGUGAACAACCUGAUUCAGGACCAGGACUUGUACGCAUUGAAAUCGAUUAAAAUUCCUGUGAAAAAGCACGGCAUUCUCACAGAGACCAACUCGGAGCUCCGUGAGCCUGAACCAGGACCCUCGACUCAAUCCACUGCCUCUGUCUUAACCUGUGACACUCCCACAGAAUGCCCUCCUGGCAGGCCUCAAGUACAGGAGUACACAGACUUUCUCAAAGAGGUGGACAAUGACAUUGAGAGGCUCAUUCAAACCACGGAGGAGGAGUUCUUGGUUGACCAGGAGGACCCGCGGAGGUGGGGGCCUCGUGGGCAGCGACUGGGCAGCUACGGGGCCGACUGGGGCAUCCAGUGGUGGAACGCUGUGGUGGCCAUGCUUCUCAUUGGCAUCGUGCUGCCCAUUUUCUACGUGGUCUAUUUCAAAACCCAAGACAGUGGAACAGCUGUUUUAAACGACAGCGGGGUGAACAGCUCCAGCUCCAUCACUACCUCAAAUAGCUCGAUUGCGAGUGUCAGUGUGUUGAGCCCUGGGAGUACUGUGAUGGACCAUUUAAGCAAGCCACACACAUAAUUUGGAGUGGCAGACAUUUGGGGAAAGAUGCCUGGAAUUCACCCAUGGUCUGUCAUGUCUCGUUUUUGUUUUGUGCCAAACCAAGAAGAGCUCCUUCAGGUCUCCAAAGACAUAUCAGCUUCAACCAAAUAAGACAGAAAGUGGCUUGUGUAAAAUCAAGAAAUGCAUAGGAUGUUUUAACAUGAUAUAACAUAUUACGUUGACAUGGCAAUUUCAAUACUGUUGUAACAUUUGUAGCCUAUGUGGUUUUGAUGGCUGCCUGUUGAGGAUAAGUUUUGUCUUUAUGUCAGCAGUAUUAUAACAGUGUUUUUGGCGAGGUGGGUUGUGUUGCUUAACCACAAAGCUCAGUGAAAUGUUCACUGCUCAAAAUGGCCACUGAUGUCAAACCAAUAUCUCAACAAUUAAACACUAUUGUGUGUAUUGUGUUAGUAACAUGACAACAUAAGUGGGACUUUCACUUAUUCAAUUCACACACAAUUGACAUACUGUAUUUUUGACUGUGGUGUAGUAUUUUGCUAUGUCUUUUUCAUUUUGUUUGUUGUGAAAACCAUCUGGUACUUAUUGUUCCAGAUCAUUCAGUGAUAGUGAUAUAGCACUACAUUCUAACUAUGCACUUUUGUGAAGGUUUAGCUUAUGACUGAUUUGUGUGUGUGAGUCUUCAAAGAUCAAUUAAUCUAUAAGGUAUGGGCAUCCAGAGGUUUAAUACCGAACUAGACCCUCAAUGCGAAAAAUGAAAAUAACCCUACAAUAUCAUCACAAAGUGGUAGGCCUAUGACAAUGCCAACAGAUAAACUAUGUUUUGCCUUUUUUCAUUAAGAUGUUGGAACAUUGAGUGGGCUUUUUGGCUUGCUGACUUGUGUGAAUUUAUAUUCAUACCUCAAACAGGCGAAUUUAAUCUUUCAAAAACUACAAUAUAUAUUUUGUAUUAAAUCUUACUAAAGUAUAUGCCUGACAGGCAGUUCUAUGCAGAAACUGUAAUGUGUGUGAAAGUGCAAUAAAUGACCUCCUUA